AUGCACCCCGCAUAUCUCGGCUUUAUAGCGGGCACACUUCGCUUCGGAUACCCUAUGGCAUUAUGGCCACGAGCGGAGUGGAUCACAAGACCACAGGAUAAAAGCUCUAGAGUAGAAAAAUUGGAUACCGGACGAAAUGUAGCUGAUCCGGUGCUGGUGGCUGAAUAUCACAAGGUAGGUAGUGCAAGGAAGGGGCAAGACAGCAACUAUCGGUCCUCGAACAAGCAUCACUGCAUUCUGCCGCUGUCCGGACCGGGACCGAGCUUCCUGUUGAUAGAGUACUCCACUUUUUAA